UUUCGGUAAGAGUUUGUAGACUUUGUUUCGUCAUAAGUCGUAUUGUGACGGAUUUUGUCAGUGACAGCACUGAUCUUGAAGUUCUGUUGGAGAUGGGGCCAAGAGUGAAUGUAGAAACAUGCGAUGUGUGGUAUGUUGUGAAUGGAAGCCGAGACUAAGGUGUGUGAUGAAUGAGUAAUGCCUCGUUGCAGCCAAUAAAAGCACGACAUGGCUGCCCACACUUUACGAGCGGACUUGUAGCAAGUGGGUGGGAACAAGGAAGCGAUGUCGAAGUUUGAAUCCCAACAGCUGAGAAGGGCAGUGAAGAAAGUCCAGCUGCCUGUCAAUCCUUGUUGCUUUUCCUGAACGCACCAUGUCUUUCAUUCUAAUGAAAAAGAAGAGAUUUAAAUUCAAAGUGGACUUCGAUUUGGAGGAGCUGUCGUCGGUUCCCUUUGUCAACGGUGUUAUAUUUUGUAAAGUUCGCCUCUUAUGUGGAGGCUUCGUACAAGAGUCUUCUCGGGAGCCUGUUCAAGCCAAUUGUGUGCGCUGGAGGAAGCGAUUCUCCUUCAUGUGUAAGAUGAGUGCCAAUGCCAGGACAGGUGUACUGGACCCUUGUGUGUGUCGGGUGUCUGUGCGCAAGGAAUUGAAGGGUGGCAAAGCAUUUGCAAAGCUGGGCUUUGCAGAUUUAAACCUGUCUGAGUUUGCUGGGUCAGGUAGCACCACAAGGAGGUGCCUCCUGGAGGGAUAUGACACCAACAAGACCAGACAGGACAAUUCCAUUCUCAAGGUUGUCAUCACAACACAACUCAUGUCUGGAGACCCCUGUUUUAAAACACCGUCGUCUACAGCCAUGACUUUGUGUAUACCACACGCUGAGGCAGAGUGUCUCCUCAAGGAACGGAAGGGAGGAGACGUACACCCAUACCAUCCAGCAACAGGCAAUCCAGUCCCAGACAAAGGGGUUACCAGUGGCCACACCAGAACAUCUAGCUAUACCAGUCAACAGUCCAAAGUGUCAGGCUACAGCUCCAAUCAUUCAACUUCACCAGAUCUUAGCCAUCGAAGGAACGCAUCAGGAGGUUCCACCUCUAUCAGCAUCGACAGCACCUCAGAGCCCAGUGACCAGCAUACAGAGAAAGUAGUAGACAAAGAGAGCCGGCCCUCCCCUUUAGUCCCUGCAAGUUGCUUUUAUACGUCUGAACAGACCUCCACAACUGCCAAGGCUUUUAGACAUCCGGUCAAGCAGAACUCGAUGGAGAAUCAGCUGACGAGGGUGAACGCCACCAGGGUUAACGCCGACGACAUCAUUGACAAAAUCCUGCAGGGCCAAGAUUUCAGCCACAGUAUCUUGGACUCAAGUACGGAGGAGGAAGGACUCAGCUUGUUUGUCGGCCCUGGUGGGAGCACGGCUCUAGGAAGCCAGCACACGCGGGUCGCAGCUGGAGCCUUUGAGCAGGUGGUGAUCAAGCGCUAGGUUGCGGGAAGCCGUCACGGGUGUUGUGUUACACUGACUUGUAGGAAGUGGCAUCAUAAGUGACCCAGUGCCUUUCUAGCAAGAGGAUGCAGUUAAAAAAGUUAUUACCUACCUACAGCAUCUGUAGACAAAGAGAGCCAUCUAGUGCCCAAGAAGUACACUUGCAAGUGUAUUUUAUUUUUACAAGAAAGUUUUGGUAACUGAGUAGUCAGUGCUAUCAGUCAUCUUGGAAUCUAUGUAAAAAUAAAAUAAAAAUAAGGGCUUAAUGGUGA